AUGUUGGCUGCUUUUGUCUGCACGCUCGUUUCACUGCGCUCCUUCUCUGUGGCACAGCCUGCACCGGACCACGAGGAUUCACCGUGGUUCCUGGGGUGCGUCGACGCCAGCAGCGGACUAUACGCACCCAAAGGUGUCCGUGACCUUGACCCGGUAACCUGCUCGGUGCGCUGCCUGGAUGAAGGGUACCAGGUGGCAGCCUUGACCUCAGAGGCUUGUUACUGUGGCAACCAACAACAGGGUUUGGUGGCCAGUGAGUGUUUCAACACAUCUUCCAGUGGAGGGACAAAGGAUGUCAGAGGAGAAAGACAAAGUGUCCUCUACCUGCCUGGACAGGGAACCGUGGCACUCUACAGAACUGAAGGACCAUUCCUGCAUAGACUUCAUCUGUCUACGUCUCCACACAGAGUGCAGGCUGGGAGGACUUUUGCUGUGGUAGUUUCUGGAAACCUGGCUGGAUGCCCCCGCCAGCCCACAGGGAUCCUGGGAGUGGGAGGGCAGGACCUCUCUUAUGUCACUGUUGAGUUUCAGGAAACGACCCCUAAAGGUCAAAGUUCACAGCGUGUCAACGUGUUGGAUGAUGGCUCCUUUGUUGCGUCGCAUGACUGGAUUUUGGAAAUGCCAGGAAGAUAUGAACUCAACGUCAGCGUCUCCAACCCCCUCUCCACACUCUCCUCCACCCUGCACCUCUCCGUCUCCCAGUCCUCUGCACACGGCUUGGUGGUCUCUGUGCUUCACGGCCCCCUGAGGGUCCCCUCCUGCACCCCGUCUCUUCACACAGACUCCAGCAGUGCGACUGUGGAGGCAGCGUACCUGGGCGACCCUGUCACACUGCAGGCACACAUGACGGGUGAUGGUGCAGCAGUGGAGUUCUCUUGGUUGUUCACUCACAAAGAAAAAGAGAGAAACAUGGAGGGUGUGAAGACGGUGUGUCUACCCAGCUCGGACUGUGUGAACAGCACCGUGACCUGGACUUUUGAAACAGAGGGAGUUCACGUGGUGUCAGUGAACGCCUCCAGUGCUGAUGGAUGGACACAGGAGACAAUACAUGUUGUUGUUGUUCCUCGCGCCGUUUCCAACUUCAGAGUGAGUGUAUCGGAGAAUCAGCUGACAUCCGGCGAGGACCUCUCUGUGGAUGUGGAGCUGUUCACCACCAUGAAACCCCUCCUCGUCCUCAGCCUCACAGUGAAUGCUGAGUAUGGCAGCACUGACACAGAGGACAAUGACGAUAAAAACAUCAGUGACAACAUCAAAACUACUCAUCAAGAAAACAGUACAGAUCAGGGCUGUAACGACAGUAACCAUGGCAACAACAGCUGUGAUCACAGUCUCAGUCAAAACCACAAUAACAUCUGUUGUCGUGAGGGCACCAACAGCUCAGAUACCCCCCACUUUGUCCCUCUUUGUCUCCUCCACGCCUCCAACCGCUCCAGCUGCCAUUUGCAUCUCCACCUUUACUGCCGCCUCCCCACCGCGGCCGGACAGUAUCACCUCACAGCGUCUCUUCUCUCCACUUAUGACCCUUCAUCAGUGCUUCUCUCGGCUGUCCUGCCUCAACCCUUGAUGGUGUAUGAGCGAAUAUGUGCCCUGAGGCCUUCUGGGAGUUGGAGAUCAGCAGUUUCAGCACACGCAGAAUUCAGCCUGGAGGUUGUCAGCCCUGCCAGCCGAAUGGGGUCGAGAGUGAUUUGGACUUUAAGUUUGGAUAAUGUUACUUUGACGAGCAGGACAACUGAGGAGUGGAACAUGAAUGUGUCUCUUACGACAGCAGGCUGUUAUAAAGUGACAGUUAAGGCCUUUAACCCAAUCAGCUGGGCCUCAUUCUGCACGCACAUCCUCGUUCAAGAUCCAGUCGGCGAGUUGCUGUUGAAAGUUCCCAGUGUGGUUACAAGACAUCAGAAACACUUUGUUUUCUUCAGCAUCGCAGCAGGGUCAAAUGUGACCGUGUCUCUGCUGGUGAAUGCAACAUUGCUGUACAGAAACAUCAGCUACACUACAGGGGAGGAGGCAACGGCGGUUUUGCUUUUCGACCACACCGGGGCAGUUGUGGUUGAGCUUCGAGCUGAGAAUCGAGUGUCUUCUCAGAACAAAAGCGUGAGAGUGUGUGUUGAGGGGAACAGGAAACCCUCACCACAAGUUAGAGUUAGUCCAACGUGGCAACUGCCUGCCAGUCAAAGUCCUGCUCACAACCAGGCUGACAAUGUGCGGGUUUAUGCAGCAAAGCAAGCUUAUCCCACAAAUACUGAUAUAACUUUACUGGCUGUGGCUGAAGUACCGGACCCUGUGGAGUUCGUCUGGCAUUUUGGAGACUCGAGAUCAGACAGAACCAACUCAAGGACUGUCACCAAAAGAUAUCACAAACCUGGCAGGUAUGAUGUAUUUGUAGUCAUGUCAAGUGGCCGGGCCUCCCUGACCUCCGAUGUGUUCCCGCUGGUCGUCCAGAGGGCGGUGAAGCUCAACAGGCUGCUCCACCAGGCUUCUGUCCUGCAGAACCAAACCGUGACAGUGAGCUGUCGGGUUAAUGCGGGGACUGAUGUCACCUUCCUGUGGAGCUUUGGAGAUGGAUCACCCAGGCUGGGACAGAGCACAGAGCAGCAUGUCUUCCACAGGACAGGAGAGUUCAAAGUUGAAGUGACUGUGUCUAACCUGGUCAGCUCUGCCUCCCUGAGUGGUCACAUCUUUGUCGUGGACCGGCCCUGUCAGCCUCCACCAGUGAAAAACAUGGGGCCUCUAAAACUACAGGUGCAAAGAUAUGAAGUUAUCCGUCUGGGGGUGACCUAUGAGACUGAAGUUGACUGCGACAUUUCAGGAGGACUUUACUACAGCUGGACCUUGUUUGAUUCUGCAGGACGAAUCUUCCCUUUGCCUCUCAUAGACACACACAGACAGAGCCUCAUACUGCCCAGCCAUCUCCUGCACUAUGACACCUACACUGCUGUAGCCAGGGUUCAGAUCAUUGGCAGUGUGGUGUACAGUAACUACACUGUGAGAGUGCAGGUCAUACCGAGCCCUCCUGUGGCCUUCAUCCAGGGCGGCACUAACAUCUUCAUUAACAACAGAAACACCACCAUGGUAACCCUGGACGGGCAGAGGUCUUAUGACCGAGACUUCCCCAUGAACCCUGUCAGCUUCAGCUGGACAUGUAAACCAGUAAGCUCCAUCACCAGCUCCUGUUUCAACCAUGACGUUCCCACUUCAUCCCCUGUGCUCGUAUUUCCUGCUAGCUUCCUAAAACACAACUUUGACCAAUUCCAGUUCACGCUCACCAUCCGCAGCGGUGAGCGUUCAGCUUCAUCAGAGACCUUCCUCACGUUAACAUCAAAUGUGAUCAGAAAGGUGUCAGUUGACUGCCCUCAGUGCCACGGAGACCGGGUGAACUGGGAUCAGUCUUUCUCUGUCAGCGCCUGGUGUGAAGGCUGUAAUAUUUCCCCAGAAUACAUCCAGUACACCUGGAGCCUGUAUGUGGUUAACGCAUCAUCAAAGCCUGCCAUAGAAGUCCCAUUUUGUUACACAGUGGAUCUCAGUGCUCCGUCUACUAUCAUUGAGGGCCCUGCUGCUUCCCCUCAGACCUCCACCCUGCAUCCACCUGCUACAGAUGCUUCACAGUACAUCCAUGCUGUCAAUAUCUCUACUCCUGUCUCUCCGAUUGAGAGUGCCCUUGAAACAAGAGCCAAAACACUAAAUCUUAACUUGACAGAACCCGAGCCCUCGCCUGUCUCUUCUCUAGUCAACACAGGAAUAGUAGGAUCAGGAGAGGAGUCCUUUUAUCACCCUCUGGGGGAAACUGACCCCCUAAAGCCUUUGUCCUCCUCCACUGAAUACCUGCCACUUCCCCUUGACAACAGCGGCGUCCUCUAUUCAGACCACUUUGGCCGGAGUGACGUUAUCAGCGAAUUCCUAAUUGAUUCCAACUCCUCUGCUGACUGGGAGUUUUCUUUUCCUUUCCUGGAGAGCAGUGACUUGGGAGGUCGACUAGAUUUAGAUUAUGAUGUUCCCUUGAUGAGCGCAGAGGAAGGAGACCCAGGGAUUUCAGCAGGGAGGCCCACAGGUGUGGAUGGUGAGAGCUACAGUCCAGGAGAUGAUUCAGAGUUUGAUCCAGCAUCACAUGAAGACGAGGGGAGUAAUCUGGUAGAUUCCAGACCAUCUGUCGUGAUGCAGGAGCCAAUCAUGCUUGACUUACCUCGAGACCCGGUAGACAAAGGCCUUUUUGAGUCCUACACUUAUACAGGCAUUUCACCCCCUUUGCUCAGCUUUAGACCGUUAAGUCUAAAGCCUGGGAGCAGAUACAUGUUGGAGGUCACUGCCAAAUUUCAAGAUAGUUUCCUGGGCCGGACUCAGCUGUUCUUAAAGACCAACCCUGCUCCAAAAGGCAUGACGUGCCAGGUACAACCAGUCAAAGGAGUGGAGUUAUAUACACACUUCAGCAUCUUCUGCACCUCAGGGAAAGAGGACCUACUGUAUGAGUACAGUGUCAGUGUAGGAGACAGACCUCCCAGGAUGCUGUAUCAGGGGCGAGACUUCCAGUACUACUUCAGCCUAUCUUCUGGUGACCCCAGUGAUGACUAUAAAGUCACAAUUUACACAGAGAUCAGAAGCAGCACGUAUGGGACGGCCACUAAACCCUGUCCUGUCACAGUCCAAGUCCAACCGAGCUUCAUCAGAGACACCUCCUCUUCUUCUCAUCUUGAUCCAGACAUGGAGCUUUCAGAGUCAGGUCUGAGGAAUCUUUCGGCUCUGGUGCGGCUUGGAAACAAUAUGGAGAUUCUUAACUACAUCAGUCUGCUCUCCAGCAUCCUGAACAGACUCAGCCUGGACACUGAAGCCAACACACACGCACAGAGACGAACACGCAAUGUGCUCAUUAGCACCAUGUGUGAGCUUGAAAGCAGUGAACAGGCAUCAAUGGUAGAUAACAUCUGCAUUCUCAAAAACCUGUUACAAGUUUCAAGUCAGGUGACAUUUUCUAGUGCAAGACGAGUGACAGGUCAUGUUCAGGUCAUCUCAAAGCAGCUUUCAGAGUCCAGUGCUCCAGCCCGGUUCUAUUUGGACCAGAAGACACUCAACACCCUAAUUUCCCUGCUGUCAUACAGCCUGCAAGCUGCUGUCGCUAGUAAUGACUUCACACCAGCAAUGUCCACCAGUGCUGACAUUACACAGACAUUAAAGUCAGACCCACAUGAUGAAAUACGGGACUCACCCAGCAGUGUUUACAUCAAACGAGACGGAUCGAUUUCAACAAAGCAGGCGUUGCAGUUUAUAGCUGAUAUUCUGCAGACUGCUUCAGACCUGAUGCUGAAGUACACCUUGUUCCACGAGGAAAAGGAGCACAGAGUCAACACUGGUCUUAUUGCCUUACACGCCACGUACCAAAGCCAAACCUCCACAGUCAUCAGCAGUGGCUCAACCACCUACAUGCCUGCCUCCCUGAUCCAGCUUCUGUCUGUUCAUCGCAGUAGAGAGACCGAGAGCAGACCACAUCAACCGUGUGUGCUCAUCUUGCUGACUGAGCUCACCCACAACCCUUACACCUGGGUCCACUUUCCUGGAAGGCUGAGCGGACCAGUGGUUGACCUGAGUCUGUACAAGUGCAGCACGAGGAGGAAGAUCCCAGUUCGCUCCCUUGUCCAGCCUAUAAACAUUGAGCUGCAGCAACCACCAAGAAACAAGAGCUCUGUGAGUGAGUACGUCCUCCUAAGCAAGCAGGUCAACUACCACAGCUUCAACAUUACCCAGGAGCACUUGCAGCAGGCCAUCCAGCUAAGUGUGGUGUUCACGCCACCGCUCAACAAGGCAUUUCCCAUCAUGCUGCUCUUCAGGAUGUUUGAGAGGCCGACUCCCAGUACGUACCACCUGCACAGGAUUCACCACUGGGAGAGCAACACUGCACGCUUCACCCUGCCCCCAUCCUACCUCAGAGCUCCAGGCACUGGUCACCUGGCCCUGCUGAAUGCUGAUUUCGGGAAAACACCCAGACACAAGCACCUGAGUGAACAGGUCAGCUACAGUCUCAUAGUGGACAGCAGCCUGUGCUUGUCCUGGGACAGCCACCAGGGGGCCUGGACACACCACGGCUGCAGGACACAGCAUGCAGACACAACUGCUGCAGUCAACUGCAGUUGUCACCAGUUGAGGCCGCUGACUGUGGUGCAGCAGCAGAUCCAGAGCAGCCAUGACACCACCGGUCUGGACCCGUUCCUAAGUGUGUCCAGUGAUCUGACAGUACUGGGUGUACUGGUGCUGUGUGUGUGCCUGUACUUGCCGGGGCUGGUGUUGUGUAGGAGAGCAGAUGUCAUCUCCAAGGCAAAUCUCAGAGUCCACUAUCUUUCUGACAACUCCCCGUCUGACCCAUAUCUCUAUGCUGUUACAGUCCACACUGGUCUCUGCUCUGCUGCUCGCAUGAGUGCAAAGGUUUACAUAGUGCUCAAUGGAGGAGAUGGGUUCUCGCAGACAAGAGAACUACAAGUUGCAGGAUGCACUUUAUUCCGGAGGAACUCUCAAGACACCUUUAUACUCAGUGCAGCAGAGAGCCUGGGCCUAGUGUCGGGGGUUCACAUCUGGCAUGACAACUCUGGACCCUCCCCGAGCUGGUACCUCAAACAAGUGAGGGUAUGUGAGGUGAGCAGGGGGCAUGUGAAGGGACGUGCUUGGCUCUUCAUUGGUCAGUGUUGGUUGGGUGUAACUAAAGGCGAUGGCCGGGUGGAGAGAUCGCUGCGAGUUUGCACUCAGCGAAUAGGCUUUGCUAAGAUGUUGCGUCUCAAGCUAUCUGACUACUUGGCCGACCAUCAUAUCUGGAUGUCUGUGCGCAGCUGUCCCCGUCCUAGCUCAUUCACACACACUCAAAGACUUAGCGUGUGCCUGCUGCUUGUGUUGGGAUAUGCAUGUGUCAGCACAGUAAUCAUAUCACAGAUGGAUGAUCGGUUGCCAUGUGAGUUGGGCUUUGUGGAUGUAUCAGCUGUUUCCGUGACGAUGGGAGUAUUAAGCGUGAUGUCAGUGUUGCCUGCAGCAGCAAUUAUAUCAUACCUCUUCCGACUGCGUGAGGUCAAAUUGACAGCGUCAGGAGUCCAACACGCAGAGAACAGAACGACUGAGAAGGAUUUCUUUGAAGAUACCCCUUCAGUAAAUGACAGUACACUUCAGCAGUGGUCGCAAGAAGCCUGGAGGAGGAAAUACCAGGGAACAGACCUGCUGUCAGUGUCCAAUACCAUUCUGGAAAAUCAAAACACAGAUAAAGAACCUGCCAUCCAAACAGAUGCGGCCAUAGGAGAAGGAGAGGCUCUACCAGAUGAAAACUUGUUGCUGACCACCGAGGGAAACAAUACUGAACAAGCACCUCAGGGAAAAGAGUUACAUCUGUUAAGUGAAAGAACUCAGAGAGCUCUUCUGUCCAGUACGGGGGAUGGAGGUGAAGCUAUUCUGGAGGAGAAAGAUCCUCAAGGGAAAAGGAAAGAUGGCAGCCGUCACUGGGCAGCAUGGUCUGGUAACAGCAGUUUCUCCCACAUCAUCGACAGCCUGAAUCAGAGAGGAUUCAGACCAGUAUCUCAGUGGUGUCACUAUUUGGCCUGGACAUUGUGUCUGCUGUUGUCCCUUCUCUGCCUGGUGCUCUCCGCGAUGCUGGGAAUGAGGUUCAGCAGCAGCAAGGUCCUCCUAUGGAUACACUCUCUUUUCUUCUCCCUGAUGUCUUGCAUCUUCCUCAUCCAGCCAGCUGUGAUAGUUACAGUGGCAGUGACUGUCUCCUUCUGGUUGAGGAAAAGAGCAGACUUUCACAGUUUCUCCAGUAUAAGAGAGUUUGAGAUAGAGACAUCAAAACUGCAGAGCCACAGUGGUGCUAAUCAAACAGCAGAGCAGUUCAGGACAUCAGGCUUUCCUCAGGAAAGAUGCUCAUACCUUGAAAAGGUGCUUGGAGCUCGUCAGCGAGCCCGGUACCUCCGUUUCGUGCGGCCGCCAACUCCAGCAGAGCUGAGGAAAACUCGUGGGAAGAAAAGAAGAGAGGCUUUCAUCCAGAACACUCUCAGGGAUUUGUCUGUCUGUGGCUCCAUGCUCUUCCUAAUGCUGUGUAUUAAUUAUGGCAGCUCAUUCAAUGACCAUCACCACCUCAAUAAAGCUGUCAGACAACAGUUUAUAAGGGGCCAUGAUAAUUCAUUUAUGUCCAUACAAAAGCAUGAAGACUGGUGGAAGUGGGCGCACACCAGUCUGAUUAACUUACUGUACAAGAACACAUCAGCUGAGUUUCACAUUUUGAUUGGAGAGCCAGUCCUGUGGAAGACGGAGGUGUCCAGCUCAUUUCAGGGCCAGGUCUCCAGUGCGACCCUUGUGCCAGAAUGUCUUGGCUUAUUCUUGUCUGGGAGCAGAACAUCCACUCACCCACACUCCAGUGUCUUAGUUCCUAUGGCAACGGUGCCAAGGACAUGUGGUCCCCUUGGCAGCUUCCUUGGACGAAGUGCUACAGUUGGCUUAGGCCACACCAAGUCUGACGCUGCAUCCAAACUGAAGCUCCUGCAUUCAGGGGGCUGGUUGGGCAGACAGACGGUGGCCCUGAAGGCUCACUUCACCUUGUUCAGCCCUGCACCCAACUUGUUCACCAGUGUGACCAUGCUCACUGAGAAGAGUCCCACUGGUGCGCUACUGCCCUCUGCCAAAGUCCAGUCAGUUAGGGUGUAUCGCACUCCUGCUGUGUGGGACUAUGUUGUUAUGGUGUGCCAGCUCUUCUUCCUUCUCUUGUCUCUGCAUCAACUCUGUGAUCAAGUGUACGCUGUAGCGCAGCAAGGGCUGAUGGGAUACUGGAGGACACCCUGCAACUGGCUGGAAGUCAGUUUGCUGACAGUAACGUUACUGUACUACGUUUAUUACAUCUAUCACUCCGUUAUUAUCUUGGAGGUUGUGGAGCUGCUGCAGAGACACAACUACAGAGGACAUGUUGAUGUCAGCUUCCUGGCUACCUGGGAACAAUAUAUUCGCACUCUGCGUGGCGUUACGCUCUUCCUUCUCACCGUGAAGUGUGUGACUGUGCUGAGGGUGAACAGGACCAUGGCCACCUCUGCUACACUCCUCACCCGCUCAUUCUCGAGCCUCUUCUGGCCAACGAUUUCAGGUCUUAUCCUGAUGGUGGCGCUGUCCUGCAUGAGGAAUCUCCUGUUUGUACAAAACUCCUGGGCCUUCAGCUCAAUUUCCCGCUCCCUUCAGACCCUGCUCCGUCACUGCUGGGGUCGCAGAGCUGCAAGGGGCCUCUUCCCCUCUUGGCAUGAUUUCCUGUACAGUGGUGUUCUCUAUCUGUCCUCUGUGGUAUGGACAGCAAUGGUCAUAGGCAUGAUGUCCUCAUUCAUCAGAAGUGCCAAAAGAUCGAAAAGCAGGGGCAACGUCUUCACCAUAGCAGAAUUAGCCGGCUACAUUAGACGGAGGGUCUCAGAGUUCACUGGGCAGCGUAGACCAGCAUGGAUUGAAAAUCAAAUGGAAAAGAGGACUUACUACUUUGAGGAGUUUGAAAGCUUAGUAGAUGAACUACUGUUCAGACUCAACGGCCUCUCAGACAGUCUGCACCACACUCUCCCUCCCAAAGCCCAUCACUACAGAGAGGAGGAAAGUCCUGCCAUCUCAACCAUACACAAGCCCUGCGACAUGGACAAACAGGACUUUGUGAGAAUACAAAUGACAGGAGAGAUGAUGGUGAAUGAUCACACUGAUGUCAGCAGCCAUGGAGAAACCCUCUCUGCAUCUCACCUGCUCAGGUCCAGGCGUGAACUGGAGAUCCUGCAGUUCCUGCAGCAGAGAGGUCAAGAUGGGAACCAUUCUCCCUCAGACAGUGUGGCAUCAGAUAAUUCACAACAACGUGGAAUAAGAGCCAGAGAAAAUUCAAGAGACCGAGAGCUCCAAACUUAUUUAAAGCCGCAAAACUACCCAUCCCUCCCAGAGUCAGCAUCACUCAUUAAGGUUUGGACAGAAGAUGUUCUGGAGAAACAAGUUGACCAGUCGACUAAAACACGUGACAAUUGUUGGUUAAGUAAAACUCAGGCCACACCUACAGAGGUGGUGGUGGAAGUUCUGGUCCAUGAGGAGCCUGGGAGUGUGGAGCCAUGGCAACAGUAGGGUCACUAUGGAGAUGACAGUUGUGGCUUUGAUACUGUAAAAAUCUCAGAAAGCAGGAUCUGCAAUUUCUGUUCUAUUCAGCUGAAUCUCCUCCCAGUUAGAGUUCUUUCAGUGGUCAUUGUUCAGGAGGUUUUACACUGUGAGUCAAAUUAUCUGCAGAGGUCUCUCCCUUCCCAAGACAAACAGACCCAGUGAUUUAAAUCAGUAAAAACAAUGAAUAAAGCAGUUUCAAAUUAAAAAUCAGCGUUUCUCCUACGCUGAUCAGCUCGUCAGAGACCGGUCACCAGCCCAGCACCUGCUAAUCUCUGAGAAUUCAGACAUUCCGGAGGUUUUUACUGGAUGGCCAAUUACAUGCAAAGGUCUCUUUCUCUUUAAAUUAGACUGACCAGGGGUCUCAUUUGUAAACACUGUGUACACACCAAAUGAGGCCUGAAAGAGGCCUAACACCACUUCCCACGCAAACGUUGUGAUCUAUAAAAACAGACUUGAUGGGAGAAACUUUGACCCAUGUUUACGAACAUUUUGGGGACGGAAAAU